AUGGGUCACUAGCAGCUCUGCUGAAGCCACCCAUGAAAAUUCAGCCAGAGUUCUCACUCUUGUUGCAGCUGCUCAAACCAGCAUGGGCUUAUCCAGAAAUACAGUCUCAAUAUGCAUGGCCAGUGUUUCUGUCAGUACACGAAGAAGUUCAUUAAGUUGGACUAA